AGCAGCCGCACAGCACAGAAAGAAAAAAAAACAUAAUGGCACUCACCGUCACGACGUCGUCUGCCCAAGUUGGCGGCGCCGAGACGACGUAUUGGAGCCUGCACGGGCACUCCGAAGAAGUGCUGUGCGCCGCAGCGUAUAGGCAGCACGUCUGCGCCACCGGUGGCGCCGAUGGUUUGGUGCUGGUGUGGCGCUUCGCCGGCAGCACACCCGAACACGCCUGCCGCAUGCGCACUGGGGGCCCCGCUGCGCUUGACGUGGCGUGGAGUAACGCGACAACGUUGCUCACGGCGCAAGGGGACGGCUGCGCAUCGGUGUGGGACGUGGAGAAAGGUGUGAAGACGCGUUCGAUAUCGCGUUAUGCGAUCAAAGGCCGCUGUGCGUGGCCCGUCGUGAACUGUGUUGCAGCCACCACGCGGGGCAGCUUCGUGUUUGGCGGCGAUGACGGCUAUCUCGUCUCCGCCGAUACGCGCAGCGACAAGGUGAGCACCAGUGUGCACCUGAAUGUGCCGGUCACUGCCGCCACAUCAGCAGAAUAUUCCCUCUUCGUGGGCGACGUGUGCGGUGCGCUGCAUUGGUUUGACACGCGUGUUGGGUCAAAGGAGCUGGAGCGCAUUCAAUGCGGUGCAGCAGGCAUCACAAGCGUUGUGGCGGUGCCGGACCAGGAUAGAAUUGUCUCGUACGCGUUGAAUGGCGAUGCCCAGGUGAUCGACAGUCAGCCGUUCGCCUUGUCCUCCUCGGAUCGCCUUGUGGGUGCUACAAACCUUGGUGACAACACCCGUCAGUCGUUGCUGCGCGGGUCGUGGCUGCCGCGUGCAGGGGCGGUGGUGUUGCCAAGUGGCAGCGGUGAUGUCGUUGCGAUCUCUCCCGCGGACAUUGGCGGAGGCGUCACGCGCACGUUGCACCAACGCGUAAACGGGCCCGUGAUGAACGUGUGUGCGGCGGUGGGUGAAGGAGUAGUGCUGUGCGGUGGUGGGGAUGAGCUUGCCGUGUAUUCGUGGUAG